AUGUUUGAAUUCAUAUCUACGCUUUUCAAUGGAAAUGCAGAUCCAAAUGAUCCUACAAAGCAGCGUGUCUAUGUCAAUGUGUAUGAUAUGAUACAACCAAACUACAUUACACAGUUUGGCUAUUAUGCACUGGGUGUGGGAGUGUUUCAUUCGGGUGUAGAGAUAGGAGGCAAGGAAUAUUGCUUUGGUGGCCAUGAAAUUCCCAAUGUCACUGGCGUGUUUGUGAUUGAGCCGAGGAUCGGCAUACCAGAACUAACGCUCAAACAAACAUUCGAUAUGGGCACAACAAGUCUAACAGAAAAGGAAAUUGAAGAUCUAUUACUGCAACUGUCAGACGAAUUCACUGGACCGUCCUACAACCUACUAUCGAGAAACUGCAAUCAUUUUACAGAGGAGUUUGUCUUUAAACUGACUCAAAAGACAAUGCCUGCGUGGAUCAAUCGAGCAGCGAAAUUGGGCAAUAUGUUUCCCUGCGUAGUGCCUUGGGAAUGGAUUCAGCCUCCUGAAUUGGCAGAGGAAGCAGAGGAAGAGGUAGCAGAAGAAGAAGAAGAAGAGGAGGAGGGUGACGAAGAUAGACAUGUGCAGUCGAGAAGAUCAUCCACCAUAUCAUUGCUGUCAAGUAGACGGACAAGAUCCAGCUAUACUUAUAAUAGUGCACAGCAUGACGGAAGAAAUGGUAGUCAGGAAAGGCUCAUUUUGAGCGGCAACCAUGGUGGCAUCUACCACCCUCCCAUUACCAAAUUUCAGGGGAUUAUUUAUGGGGAUCAACAAGAUGUACCUUCUUCAUCAUCAACAACAUGA